UUAGGGUCAUGGAAGCAGUACCACAAGAACAACGGAGAAAGCGGAACUCCGUAAAAAGGCGUGUCGCUCUGACCGUGUCAGUGGAGUGUUAGGGUCAUGGAAGCAGUACCACAAGAACAACGGAGAAAGCGGAACUCCGUAAAAAGGCGUGUCGGGACGAUCGUUGCUGUUGCAGGGGGAGCAGUAGGUGCAGUGGCCUUGGCUCCUGUUGCUCUGGGAGCCGUAGGUUUCACCUCAGCUGGAAUAACUGCAGGCUCCUACGCUGCAAGCAUGAUGUCUGCUGCUGCGGUGGCUAAUGGAGGCGGAGUGGCAGCAGGAAGUAUGGUGGCUGUUUUACAGUCAGCAGGUGCAGCCGGGCUGUCGGGGGCUGCCACUGCGGCUGUGGGCAGUGUUGGAGCUGCUGCAGGAGCAGGACUGAAAUGGCUAGGAGGUCUCAUUUUCAAGGACGAAGAAGACGAUGAAGACGAUGAAGACAAAAAGAAGUGUAGGAAUGGAAACUCACCAUACCCGAGGCUCCCUGAACUGUCCUCACACUUUGCCUGAAAGCUGUGGAUUCUGAUGGUGUCAUUCUGAUCAUUCCUUUUGUGCCUCUGGGUGACUUUUUCUGUGCACGCUGGUAUAAUAUUAGUGAACUACAUACGACUGAAAAGCAUGACUGUUUUUAAGCAAGUGUGGAUUUUUUUCUCCUACAUUUUCUAAAAUUUGCAUCUCAAUCAAUGAUCUAAUUGCAGGAAAUCCUAAUUCUAAAAUUCUGAAUGGUGUUGUUGCCAUUGUCCUCACUAAGAUAAAGCUAAACUUUGGUAA